UGUCAAUACUGCUAACAGCGUGGAUAUCGAAAAUAAGCUUAAGGAAUCAUUCCAUUUUUCAUACGAUUUUAAUAGUCAGUCACUUAUAGUAUAUUAUAUUAUGAGAAGAAGUACAGCCGCACCGAUUAUAUUGACAUUUUACAUAGCGAAAUCACUUCUUUUGUCCUUUUCAUUGUCUAAUAUCUUUUUAACCUCUUGGUAUAUUGUCCGAUGAAAUUUUCGAAAAAUUUAGUCCAUUAAAAGUUAUUUUCCCCAUCUUUUGAUGUUUUUCUACAGUUUUUAAUAAAAAAGAGCAAUCUUCGAUCGUUUUUUUCACGAUUAACUAAGAGAUUGACAAACAUACAGAUCAACCUACGUUAGAAAUUUAUUAUAUAGCGAUUAUUAAUACCUUAUUGUGUUUGUAAUAAUAUACCUUGAAAUUCACAGUUUUACUUUAUAUAUUAUAUUUAGAGCAUGAGACAAAAAAUAAACAGCCCUAAAUAAUUCAAUAACUGGAAACAAAUCCUGGUCGAAUGCGACAGUACAGAAAAAUAUUUUUCUCAGUAAAUUUUCUUAUUUCAAGGAAAAGGCCUACAAUAUUUGAAUUUUAUAUACGGAGAAAAUGAUUUAUUCACAAUAAUCCAUUAAUGCGUCUUUUCACCAUUGAAUAACAUAUUUGAUAGAUUGUAGCAAUACACGUCUAAUAUCCUGAAAGAUAAGACGAAAAAAAUUGAAAACGGCUCUAAUGGAUUUACGUAUUUACGACAUACGUAUUAAGCAAAUAUUGCAAAAUAAACGAUACGCGUAUGGUUUUCCAUAAAAUUAAUUUAAAGAUUAUGUUAUCACUGCACAUUCAAUUUAUCAAUUUAUUGAUCAAACUAUCUUAUUUGAUCAUUUAAUCUGAUGAUGCUACUUUAAUAUAAAAAUCAAUAAUUUUUAUUAUCAUGAUGCUAGUUUCUCUCUUCGCUGGACUGCCAACGUGAUUAGGUCACCAUGAGAUCACUUUUACUAAUAUUAAGCAUCAUUUUUCUAACGCAACCGUACAAUUUCUCUGAAAGUGCAACUCCCGAAUGUACCCUAACAGGAAACUCUGUGGAUAAUCUAGCCUCGGUAUUAGCCACUUGCAAAGAAAUCUCGAUAUCAAAUCUUCAUGUUCCUGCUGGGGAAAGGCUCACUUUAAAUGCUCAAAAUGGUUCAGUUAUAACAUUCGAGGGACAUAUUACAUUCGGAUACAAGGAGAUGAGUGGUUUCCUAAUAGUUAUUCACGGGAACAAUAUCACAGUUGUUGGAGCUCCGGGAAAUUUAAUUGAUGGCGGUGGAGCCAGAUGGUGGGAUGGUCUCGGUGGUAAUAGUGGGAAAACUAAGCCAAAGUUCUUUCAGUUUCGGCUGACAAACUCUAUUGUCAAAGGGUUAAACGUAAAAAAUAGCCCAAAGCAUUGUUUUACUAUAACCAACAGCGAAAAUGUAAUCCUAACAGACAUCACGUAUGACAAUUUAGAUGGCGACACACAAGGAGGUCACAAUACAGACGCUUUCGAUACAUCCCAUUCCAAGGAUGUAACAAUUACAAACUGCGUCGUCUUUAACCAGGACGAUUGUCUCGCCAUAAAUUCAGGAGAUGGUCACGUCUUUACCAACAAUUAUUGCUAUGGUGGUCACGGAAUAUCUAUUGGAUCUGUUGGAGGACGUGAUAACAAUGUAGUCAAAAAUAUCUUUAUAAAAAACAAUACAGUUGUGAAUUCUGAAAAUGGAAUUCGUAUAAAAACCAAUUACAACACCACAGGCAUUGUUACAAAUGUUACUUAUGAAGAUAUCACCAUUGAAAAUAUUACCGAUUACGGCUUUACCAACAAUUAUUGCUAUGGAGGU